AUGGUCUCUAUUGAAACCACUCAGCUCUCCCGGAUCAGUGCAGAGGCAGCCAUAGACAAUACAGAUGCAGGGGCCAGAAGACUUGAUGUGUUUUCAGUGGAUAAUGAGACACUGCAGGGUGGAUUCAUGCUGUGCUUCCUGGAUGAUGGAUGUGGCAUGAGCCCUGAGGAAGCUUUGGACAUUAUUUAUUUUGGAACAUCCAAAAAACGGUUAUCAACCUUCAAGUUCAUUGGACAGUAUGGGAAUGGUCUUAAAAGUGGGUCCAUGAGAAUUGGAAAAGACUUCAUUCUUUUUACAAAGAGGGAAGAAACAAUGACCUGUGUGUUUUUCUCUCAGACGUUCUGUGAAAGAGAAGGUCUUAGUGAGGUUGUGGUUCCAAUACCUUCAUGGUUAACACGAACCAGAGAAUAUGUCACCAAUGAUCCCAUAAAAUUCUCCACGGAAUUGUCUAUAAUUUAUAAAUACUCCCCAUUUAAAACUGAAGCUGAAUUGAUGCAGCAAUUUGAUAUGAUCUAUGGAAAAUGCGGUACUUUGCUGGUUAUUUACAACUUGAAGCUUUUGCUUAAUGGAGAACCAGAGCUGGAUGUUAAAACUGACCAGGAAGAUAUUCUGGUAGCCGGAUCCCUUGAGGAUUUUCCAGAGAGAUGGUCAUUCAGAGCCUAUGCGUCUGUUCUGUACUUUGACCCUCGGAUGAGAAUAUUCAUUCAGGCCAAAAGAGUUAAAACAAAACACCUAUGUCAUUGCCUCUACAGACCCAGAAAGUAUCUCUGUGCUACAUCUUCUUUUAAAGGAACAUUUAAAAAUGAAGUUAAAAAUGCUAAAGAAGCCGUAAAGAUUGCUGAACUCACACUGAAAGAAGCACAAAUUAAAGUCAACAAACUGGACAGAAGUGUGUCAUCUCCUGCCAAGGAUACAUUACAAGAAGCUUUGGAAGAUGUAGAAGCAAAGCGUGAGACUCUUAAAGAGAAACAGAGAGAAUUAAAAAAGACAAAAACGUUCUCCUUGUUCUUUGGAGUGAGCGUGGAAAAUCGAAGCCAAGCUGGCAUGUUCAUUUACAGUAAUAACCGCUUGAUCAAAAUGCAUGAGAAAGUGGGCCCUCAGCUGAAGCUCAAGUCUUUACUUGGUGCAGGUGUGGUUGGAAUUGUUAAUAUACCCUUGGAGAUCAUGGAGCCAUCCCAUAAUAAACAGGAGUUUCUCAAUGUCCAGGAAUACAAUCGUCUACUGAAAGUCAUGGGACAGUACUUGGUCCAGUACUGUAAGGACACUGGCAUCAGUAAUAGAAAUUUAUCAUUGUUUUGGAGUGAAUUUGGAUACCAAAAUAGCAAGGAUGUGGAGAAGUCUUUAGAUUCUGGUUGGUAUCAAAGAAGACAAGUCAUGGCUAUCCCGUUCAUCAUCCAGUGUGAUCUUUGCCUCAAGUGGAGAGUCUUGCCUUCCUCUACUGAUUAUGAGGGAAAAGAAUUUCUUGGCAUUUGGAUUUGUGCUGAUAAUCCUAACCCCCUGGAAAACAGUUGUCAUCAGAUGGAACAGCUACCUUCCAUCCCCCUGGGUACCAUGAGCACAGCAUUACCAUCAAAGAAUGAAAAAGAGAAGCAACUUAGAGAGCUGGUCCAUAGGUAUCAAAAUAAGCUUACAGACCAGCAGUUGCAGCCUCAAUUUAUACCAAGUAGGAUCGCUGAGUUCACUACCACCUGCCAAACUUCAGCACCUAAGGAAAAUACCAAAACUCAGAGAAUCCAGCCUUUGGGUGGUGACUUGAAGCAUGAGUCUCUCCCAUCCUUUGAGAUUUCAGUCAGCCAUCGAGGCCAGAAAAGACACACAGAAGGGUCAGACUCAGAUGUAGAAUUCAUUUCAGAGACUAAAAUGAUGAAGAUGACUAUGCAGAAGAAAGGGAAACCUCAACAGUGGAGACACCCAGCAGCCCCACCAGAAAAUGUCAAACCAGCUGAGAGAUCCCAGAACAGUCAGAUUGCUAGUAUCAGCACAGCUUCUUCUUGGGAAAUGAAAGGGAAGCAGAGUCAAAACCUUAUUCAGGAAUGUAAGGCAUUGAUUCAAGUUGAAACCAACAAUAAGAAUUCAGAUAUAAUCCUGAUUUUAGAUAAAAGAGACACUGAAAUUGCACUGAAACAAGAAGAAAAGGAAGUUCCUCUUAUAAACAAAGAAAAACAGGAGCUGUGCAAUGUUCCUCCAGAAAUAAAGAGAAACUCUUCAUUGCCUAACUUGAAAAGUAUCCUCUUGGUGACAGUAGAAGACUUAAAUGCAAGUUCUGGACGCAAAGCAAGGGUCUCUGUAAAUGACAAUAGUAAAGUCGCUUCUUCUAUGACAGAGUCUUUUCAAAAUACGUUUGUCAAGGAAACAGUGAGAAAACUGAUGUCUAAUUUAAGGGAGAUUCUUCUUUUUUUUUUCCCUGAGUAUCAGCUACCAUCAGAAUUUGAUUAUGUGUAUGUGGAGGAACCUGUAGCGAGUUCUGAGCUGGAGCAAUGCCCAGAGCAGACAAACAAAAAGCUGAAAAUGUGUUUCAACCAGAUCCAGAAUGUGUACAUGGUCCAAUAUGAGAAAAGACUGAAGAGAAAAAUGCAGUCCAUUGUCUCUGAUGCAACUAGAAGAGAAGAGAUGAGUGGAGUCUCUCUGCGGCAAUGUGAAGAAAAAAGAAAACUCACUGAAGUGAAACUGAAGACUCUCCGUGUAAAACUGACAAGAUUGCUGUGGAAACUUCAGCUGGGUGGUCCAACAGGUGAUCUGGAACAGACUGACAGUUACUUAGAAGCUUGGCUUAAAGAAGAUAAUCUCUUUUUCCAAAAUGCUUUAAAUAAAGUUACUAUAGAGUCAGGACAUAAUCUCCCUGUAGAAAAAAAAUAA